AUGUUAGAAACAGAGAAAGUGGAGGAAUUAAAGGCUGCCUCAGUGAAGAAAGCUGCAAAGAAAAAAAACAAGGUUGCUGAUUCGGUAAAAGAUGCAAAAAAAGAGAAAACCAAACCGUCAGCAGAAGCUAAGAAAGAGAAAAUUGCAAAGGUGAAAUCAAAGCUUCAAGCUGAUGCUAAAAGAGACAAACCUGUAAAAGGAAGAUCAAAACCUUCACCUGAUGCUAAAAAAGAGAGCCCAGCAAAGGAGAAAACUAAAUCUGCUCCACUUUCAAGAAAAGAGCCUGCAGCUGUACAACAGAAAAGGAAAUCGGUGUCUAAGAGGACAGCGUCGGCUGUCAAGAGCAAAGUCAAAGCUUCCAUAAAUAAGAAAGAUUCAGAGCCAAAACCGCAGCCACUGAGACUGAGAACGAGACCGGAAGCUGACAUGAGGACAAAUGUGACGUCUCAAGCUGAGCAGAAGAAGCCCAUCAGAAUCUCCUUUAAACCAGGAAAAACUACAAAGGCAGAGAAGAAACCUGUCAAAGAAGAUCCAGCUCUAGAUAAAGAGAAACAAUCACCCAAAACAAAAAACCCUGGGACUGAGGACAGUGUCACAGAUGGGACAGAAAAGAAGAAACCAAGCCAGAAAUACUUCCAGUGUAUCUAUUUCCCAGGAAAACAGGCAAACUAUCCUUUACGACCUUUCACCCCGGCCGUGUCCCCCGCCAUGUUGUCUCCUGCUGUACGAUCGAUGCUGGAGCAGAGAGCAGCCAGAGCUGCGGGGCAGUGACCCGACUCCCUCACAGAGACGUGUCAGUCAAUCCAACAGAGAUAUUUAAUUCUGUGACAUUCUUUGUUUGCAAUAACUGACACGGGCAAAAAGGGGGGGAAUCUCUUUGAUCUUUUAUUUAUUGAUUCAUUUAAUGGUCGAGCUCCUGGGUUUUAUUUUGAAAUGUUGCCGUUCCUAACAACUUUUUGCCUCUAUACACUGAAUAAUGGGACUUGUUGGUUCUGUAAACAUUACCUCGGUUUUUUAUGUAAAAAUUACUGCAAAUUGCCAUGUAAGUGCUUUUACUUCAAAAUGACACCUUUUAUGUAAUGUGUUACAUACAAUUAAUUUUUAAAUCUAUAUCCAUCAACAUGCAAGAACAUUUAUUUCAUCUUACCCAAUAGUAUUAACAAACCAGUU